ACGUGACAUAAGAUCAAAUGCUUUAGAUGUCAUGAGCCGACAGCCAGAUGAUGGAAAGGGAUCGCUUUGAGAAGUCUAUCUUACUUUGCCAUGGAUGUCUUUCUUUUUUAAAGAAGUUCAGAGAAACCUUUAUUUUCUGGUAAUCGUCAACAGAAAUGUUUGACAUGUGACAGCAUUACUUUCUCUGGACUACAAAUGAGAAGCUAAAAAUCACGACUUAAACCAGCUUUAAAAGGACUUGGGACUUGAAUCCAGGCUGUGUUUUUUUCUGUUUUUUUGAUUAUACAAUUUCUUUUUAAUUAAAUGUGCGGUUAAAACGACUUCAUAAACAGCAGAAUGGAGAACCCCGACGUGCUCCUUCAGGCGUUCAGACAGUUACACAGCAUGGAGGUAAACACAGACGUAAGUUCAGACCAACAGCCAGAGCAGCAGAAUGUGACCCAGCUUGACUCCUUCGAGGGGCCACUGGAGCCAAAGAUCGCCCCCCCAACGCUGGCCCUCAUCGAGCCUCGCAUACAGCAGCUACAAAACAGGCGCUUCCUUCUGCUUAAGCUGCAAAACUUAAGAGUCAAGAAAAAUGACAAUAGUGACGGACCCACAGAGGAAUUGACCAGUGAGGACAGUGACAAACUGUGUGAGCUGGAAGCCAUCCAGAGGGAGCUGGAGGUGCUGCAGGUCCAAAUGGAGGAGUUGAGAAAACAAGACAAGAGCUCCAAAUCCAGCAAUGGCACUUCUUGGACAACCAUCCCUCUCAGUCAACAGGAAACAAGUCCCACUAUUCAUUAUACUAGGAAACCCCUCGGUGGGGUCUACAUGCUGCCACCUCUCCAGCGGACACAGGAGGACAUUACACCUGCCACAGAAAGACCAACAGGCCCAGUCGUUCCAGUGGACAGUCUGGGUCAAAUGGCAGCUGUCACUCAGUGUCCAUCGUGUCAUGAGGUCGUCUUCACAGAAACCCAUGAAAAAGUUGGAGAGGCUGUGUGGACGCUUUCCUGCUUCUGCAUCAUGUUUGGGUGCAUCGCAGGCUGCUGCUUGAUCCCUUUCUUCAUGAACCGUCUGAGGAACGUCCCCCACAAGUGUCCAAACUGUCAGGCACACAUACACACCUACCGGCCAAUCUGAAAAAGAGGUUAAAGUUUCAUCAGCCUGAAUCUGACUUGGACAGUAAGAUAUCAUGUCUUCUAUACAGGAGAGACUGUUUCCUGUGGAACAAUGUUCAUAUUUGCUUUUCAUCUGGAUGAGAACUUAUUUUACUUGUUGACUUUUUCUUGGCUCAACUGAUGAUGUACAUUUGCCUGGAGGCGACUAACAGCGCUGAUAUGAACUGCAUAAAGGUUCAGGUAUAUUUAUUUAAACAUGGCUCUAUGACUGCCAUGAUCUUGUCAUGUCGCUGUUAUGACUUGCUGUCAAAGACAGCCUCAGUUUUGCCUGCGAGACAUCUGAAUAUCACGGACUUCAUGCGGGCAUUCACCUCGACUGUUAUGGAAACACCGCUCACUUCAAUAAGUUGUGAGAAUGCGUCAGAACACUGAUGCCCAGAUUUAAAGCAGCCUCUUUGCUGCUGAUGUCAGACUAUAGCUAUGUGGUUUGUCUGUAGGAGGGAGGAAAAUGUUUGACUACAUCCAUUAUCAAACAGGAAUAUGGAAAUACAUCCGAGGCAUUAUGCAAACACUCACCUCUAAACAAACAAGUCCACCAUAGAAGACUGUCAUCCAAAACCUGGUCCAAUGUGUGAUGGCUUUUCUCUUCGUUCUUCUCUUCUUCUGUGAACAAAGCUAUUUCACACUUUAUGAUGUGAAUUGUUUUGGUAUUCACUUCUACGACAGGUGUUCACAGUACACCAUUUUAUUAUUGACACAUAAAGGCAUACAGUACUUAUAUACAUCUUUUGGAAUAUUUACAAAAUAGAGAACCCAUGGAUGUUACACAUGUAUAAAAAUAUGCAUUACAUCUAUAUAAAUAUGUACACAAUGUGCAAAACAAAUGGCAUACAAACAACAAGAGGCGUGGCAUGGGUGGUGGAGAUACAGAGGAUGGUGUCCUUCCAAUAAUGUCCCGUGAAUUUCAGUUUUAAUAAUAAAAAUGUAGUUCUGUUCUGUGGUCCAGCUUCUCCACCUGAAGAUGUUCAAUGUUCACAUGAUGUUGAACAAGGGAAUGAAGACAAGCAGACGAGCUGAUAUGGGAAAGCCUGAGCCAACACCUUUACCUCCAUUUGGUACAAAGUAAAGAAGCUGACAGGAACCUUCAGACUAACAGUGUUUCCAAAAAAAACCCUCUAACAUCACGAGGGUUAUUCAAAAUAAACCACAACUUAACCACUCA